AUGUCUCAUCUUCUCAGGCGGCUCAAGCGAUCCUUCGGAGUAAGCCACCUCACCGCUUCUUCUCGGAGCUUCUCUAAUCACAUCUUCAAAGUAACACCUUGUGGAACUACUGUGAGAGAUGGUGACGUUGGAUAUCUAGCUAUCUACAGCUACGUUGAUAACUUGAUAGACUGCACAGAAAAGAAAGUGCCUAUGGAGUUAGCAAAAGGGAUGGGAACAAUAGGAGCAUCCCACGGCUGGGUAGCAACUUUGAAAAAUGGGACCAUUCGUCUUCAAGAUGAUCUAGACCCCUAUGCGUCGUAUACAGACCCAAAACGCAUUCCUCUGCCUCCUCUUACUGCAUCGUGGCUGUCAAAGUUCUUGGGACUUCAGCUAAGCUUAUGUAGGCCUGCUCAGCGAAAUUGCAAGUGGAGCAACAUCAGAAUCUCAGACCCCAGCUUCUUCUCCUCCCAUUUAAUGUACUCCAAGAGAGACGGUCUGUUCUCCAUGCCCGCUGCUGGAGGAAACUACACAGCAUCGUGUGAUCUUGGGAGACACGUGAACGAACCAAAGAUUCAGAUGUUGUCGUACCCGAAACAACGCGUGUUUGAAGACAUGUAUGUAAAGAGCACGGGUACGUUUUUCGACAAAGAGUUUCUGAGAAAGUUCGACUGGAAGCACUCGGACUGGUCAUGCAGGAUGGAGCACUACUUGGUGGACUCGUCACACACAGGUGAGACUUUUCUGGUGAAAUUGUCUAAAGAUAUUAACCCACAAGACGGGAGAAGUGAAUUGGACAAAUUCCUUGUGUUGAAAAUAGACGAGGAAGGAAACGCUGAAUAUACUAAAGACUUUGGAGGUGAGUGCAUUUUCAUCUCUAAGGCUGAAUCUUUUUGUCUCCCGGCAUCUUGUUUGCAUGACAAGGGACCAAACUGCAUCUAUCAUUUAAGCGACACGAGCUUUGGAAUAAAAUGCAUGGAUGAUGUUUGGAAAGAGAGGGGUGGGGACCUAGCUUUCCCAGGCCCUUUUUGGUUCCCACCAAAGCUAGACACCAAAGGUAAACGUAUCCUUUCUUCAGGUAUUCAGUAUCCAGUGUAA